CAAGAAGCCACCCAACAUUAUAGAGUGAAUCAUAAAAAUGAACCCAGAGGCUAUGUGAAAUGUUGUUCAAUGAAUUUGCCGCAGCUUUAUGAUUUCAAUUACCAUAUCGUGUGGCAUUUGAAUCCUGAAUUGUUCAAAUGCCAGAUUUGUGGUGUGACCAAAAAAACGCCACAACUCUAUGCACAACACAAAAGCACACAUACAAACCAAUUCACGUGUGAUAUAUGGCAAAGUUCACCAAAAAAAGCUCAGUUGAUCGGCAUAUCCAUGAAGUGCACGUGAUGAAACGGAAUUAUCCAUGUGAUAAAUGCCAUGAAACCUUCAAGACUCAGAAGCGUUUGCAAUAUCAUGUUAAAAUGACACAUUCCAAAGGCGUGAAUUUAGAUGAUUAUAUAGAGGAAGUAAAAAAGAUAGAAUACCAUCCAAGCGAAAUGCAAGUCAAAAGCGUAAUGGACAAACAUUUCGAAAGGAAAUGUGAUCUCUGUGAUACUGAGCUCGAUACUCUUACAAUGGCUAAAUCGCACUAUUUAGCGAAACACAAAAAUCCAAAUGGUUAUCUUCGUUGUUGCAAUUAUAAACUCACACAUAAUUCGAUGUUUCUGGAGCACAUUCAAUGGCACAUCGAUUCAAACAUAUUCAGAUGUCGAUUGUGCAAUACGGCAUCGAAAUGUCGAUAUAAUCUGCUUAGGCAUGUGAAAAAACAUAAAAUCGUCUCAACAAAGCAAUUUAUGUGCAACAUUUGUGACCAAUACUUUGGGACCUUCUCACAGCAUCGAAUUCAUAUGGAACGCAAGCAUUCAGAAAUGCAACCGAAUUCGUCACCGGUCGAAACCAAUCCAAAUGAAAACAAUGGUGAUUUGAAAAAUGACAUAGAGAUCCCGAUCUAUGCCGAUGCAUCGUGUGAUCUGUGUCCAGCAACAACGUUUAACUCGUUCUAUGAAAUGCAAUCACAUUACUUAGAUAUUCAUAGCGCUGCAUACGGAAAUGUAAAGUGUUGUGAAAGUAAGUUUUUCACAUUUCCUCAAUUCAGAGAUCACAUCGCAUGGCACAAUGAUCCGAAUAUAUUUAGAUGCGGUGUUUGCAACAAAUCACUGCCAAAUCGUAGAACUUUACUUCGACAUAACGAUUUGCAUGCAAAUAAAUUUCAAUGCGAUGUAUGCAACAGGUCAUUUGGAAGUACAAAUCAUCUAAAGCAACAUAUGAAUACACAUAAAGCUCGUGAAACACUCAAGCGAAAUAUUGUGUGCGAUGUCUGCCACAAAAAAUUUCGCUACGAAGAGACGAUGGAAAAGCAUCGUAAAAUGCACACAGACAAUCUUAGGUAUGACCAUAUUUGUGAAUUCUGCGCCAAGGAAUUCAAAACCAUUGUGGAGUUGAAAAAUCAUAUACUCAAAAAACAUUCUACUGAAACAAAGCAACCGGAAGCGAAAUUGCAAUGUGAUGUGUGCAAUGGAUGGUAUCCGAAAAGCAGCUUGAAGGCACACAAAAUAAAACACAAUUCAGAGCCACAGAAAUGCAAUCAAUGUGAUAAAGUUUCCCCCAAUGCACAAGCACUGGAACAGCAUAUUCGGUACACUCACAAUAGUGAAGCCAAUUUCAACUGUCAUUUAUGCGAGAAGUCGUUCAAAUUGCCAGCAUCACUCAGAGAUCACAUUGCAACGCAUUUGAACAACAAGAGCCACAAGUGCACCUAUUGUGAUAUGACAUUCGUUUGGCGUCAAAAUAUGUACAAGCAUCGCAAGCUUCAUGAAGAAUGGCUGGCCGAUAAAGCGGAAGCACCAUCUAACGAUAAAGUGAUGGAAAUAAAAAAGGAGUCAGAUCUGUGUCGUCUGUGUUAUACACAACCGGUGGAAUACUUUGAUAUAUUCGAAAAUGCUACAUCGAUGCCGACUAUAGUCGACACACUGAAGCAGUACUUUGACGAUGAGGUCAACGAUUCGGAUAUUUUGCCAAAAGUAAUUUGCAUCGAAUGUUGGGACAGGAUUGAAUCAUUUCGCAAGUUUUCCGAAGAGGUUAUCGAAUUGCGUGAAGAAUAUCUCCAACGUCUCAACAGUGCUGUCAAAGAUGAACACAUUGAAGAAUGUGUGAUUCCGCCAGAGAUCCAUCGGGAAAUAGUUUGUGUUGAUCCAUUGAGGGCCAUAAAAAUGUUAAUUGAAGAAGAAGAUGAGAAUAUGGAAUUGGAAGAAAGUAACUUACAUUAUAAUCUAACUGAUGAACGGGGAUCUCCCAAUGACGAUGAAGCUUACGAAGAAGUAUUUGACUCUAAUAAGCUGCCACAGUGCAAUGAAAGUGUGCGAUACACGUGUGACAUAUGCCAGAGAGAAUAUAGUAUGAAAAAAAGACUCGAAACACAUAUGCUUGCAGUGCACGUAUCAAAAAUGAAAUUCCCAUGCAAUCAAUGCGACGAGAGUUUUGGGUCUCGAAAACGUUUGGAAGAUCACCAUCACUUUAAGCAUUCGAAAGAGUUAUUAAGUGAUUAUUUGGAGGAAAUAAGAAAAUUGGAAUGUAAUCCAAGCGAAGAUCAAGUCAAAAGAAUAAUGGAGGAAUUUUUCGAGAAAAAAUGUGAUCAAUGUGAUGCUCAGCUCGAUAGUAUCACAAUGGCCAAAUCACACUAUUUAUCAGAACACGGGCAUCCAAUAGGCUAUCUCCGAUGUUGCGAAACUAAAAUUUAUAAUAACAAAACCGUUUUGGAACACGUUCAAUGUCACAUCGAUCCAGACAUUUUCAGAUGUCGAGUAUGUAAGCUAGAACACAAGCAUCGAAAAGCAUUCAUUAAACAUUUGAAAGGGUAUGAAAUUUCAACAACAGAGCUGUUAGAAUGCUUCAUUUGUGAUCAACACUUUGCGACCAGUGCACGAUGUGGAAGGCAUAUGGAACGCAAACAUUCCGGAAUACAAACGAUUUCUUCGUCGGUUGAACCCAAUUCGAGUGAUAACAAUGCCAAUGACAUAGAGAUACCGGGCUAUUUUGAUACAACGUGUGAUCUGUGUCCAGCAACAACGUUUACCUCGUUCAAAGAAAUGCAAUCACAUUAUUUAGACAUCCACAGAUCAGUUGGGUCGGUGACGUGUUGCCAUAAGAAAUUUUCCCAAUUAAGUCAUAUCAGAGAUCACAUUGCAUUGCACAAUAAUCCGGAUAUUUUCAGGUGCGAGGUCUGCAAAGAAUCACUGCCAAGUCGAUACCGUUUGAAACAACACAAUGAUUGGCAUUCAAAUAAGUAUUAUUGCCACACGUGCAAGAAGUCGUUUAAAGUUGGAAAUCUGUUGAGAGACCAUUUAGAAAUGCAUAAAUAUCGCAAUCAUGAAAUACAAGGCAAUUUCAUUUGCGAUGUGUGCGACAAACGAUUCCCUAACCGAAAUAAUCUAAAUAACCAUCGUAAAAUACAUGAUUUAAAACACGAUCAGAUUUGUGAGUUCUGUGCGAAGAAAUUCAAAACAAAAACCAAACUGAAACUCCAUCAGGAAAAACAUCUAGAUGUAGCACCUAAAACAAAGCCAAAAUUCCAGUGUGAUAUAUGUAAAGGAUGGUAUACUUCGAAGGGUAUUUUGAAAGCACAUAAAAUGAAACACGAUGCAGAGCCGCAGAAAUGCAGUCAAUGUGAUAAAAUUACUCCUAAUCCACAUGCACUGGAACAGCAUAUACGAAGGAAUCAUAGUGAUACGAUACUCAACUGUCAUUUAUGCGAGAAAUCGUUCAAAUUGCCAGCAUCACUCAGAGAUCACAUUGCAACGCAUUUGAACAACAAGAGCCACAAGUGCACCUAUUGUGAUAUGACAUUCGUUUGGCGUCAAAACAUGUACAAACAUCGGAAACAAAUGCACGAAGAGGAGUGGCUGGCCGAUAAAGGCAAGAAAUAGGUGCGACAAAAAACGCUCGCAAGAUAUAUCUCUUCUGAUGGACAAGUACAACAUUUUUAGAUAAAUCAAGCAGACAAUUAUCCGUCAAAGAAUUUUAAAAUAAAAUUGCUUCGAUUGUUACAGAAAAAAAAAA